UACUAGGUUACGUGACGAAAGAAGAAAUCGUAAGUGUAGUUUCAACAAGCCCAUAAAAUUGCAGAAAUUUAUAGCGUGCUGUGAUGAAUGGUCAAGCUAAGUGACGCUCGGAGAUUGGCUAACGCUACGGACAGACGCAUCGAUCGCUCACCAGUAUCCGACAGAGCCGGAAAUCUAAGAAAAGCGGGAUAAUUAAAAACGCAUAGCUUCGCAGCUUGAUCGGGAGCGCAACGUGAAUAUGGGACAAGAAAGCAAGGCAAUAUGCUUCGCUAUUUUCGCCGCUGUGCUCUGCUUGCCGCAUUCCACUUCUUCUAGCAGAAAUCCAUGGCAAAAGCCUGGAUGCCACAGAGUUGGAUUUGAGAGGACUGUCACUAUUCCUAGCUGCAUGCCGUUUACUCUGGCGACGAACGGCUGCCGCGGCUACUGCACCUCGUUCGCAGUUCCCUCGCCACAAGAGGUCGUCGCAGUCAACCCGACUCACGCCGUCACGUCCUAUGCGAACUGUUGCAACAUAGGAGAUUCGCGCGAGGUAGCGGUAAAAGUCCUUUGCCUCGAUAAAGUGCGGACGGUGACCUUCAAAUCGGCAGAGACCUGCGCAUGCUCACUCUGCACCAAGCACUGACGCUCUGGUUAUCGUAACUGAUCUCUAAUGCGAACUUAUCCAGUUGUCGAUUUCUACCUGUAAUCUACGCAAAUUCCUGAAGACAUGAGUGUAGCACGAUCCAUAAUGAAGCCUUAGUGUGGCAUCUUGAUUCAAAUUCAUUUCUAUCAAUUUUCAAGCACGCUGUUCUCAUAUUUUAAUAGAAUCUAAUUUAAGGAAAGCCACCAGCUGACAGCUACAAAGUUGUUACACGUACCCGAUAUGCGUGUAUACACGUACGCGAUCUUCACGCUGUAUUAUGGGUGUACACAUACUAUUGCUCGCAAUGGAUGGUCAAAUAUGAACGCCGUAAAGUAAAUUUAUAUAGAUAUAUAUAUCAGGAGUGAAUAACAUCACAUACGAUACUGGAAAAUCCUCACAAGGAGAACAAUAAUGGUAGUAAUUAAGAUAAAAUGUAGAGAUUAAAAUCGGCAAUUUUAUUAGUUAUUGAGAAAACAUAAAUGACAGGUGGAGAUUUCUUGUUCCUGCCUGAAGGUCCUUCUUGCAACGCCCCACCUAACCAUGCAUUUCCUAAUGCACAAUGCAUUUCCUAAUUGACGCCUAUGGCUCGGUUAAAUUGAUGGCACAUCCGUAUUGUUACACGACCCUACCUUCAUGUUUUUCUUCCUAUACUGAACACGGUACAUUUGGUAUAUAAUCUCCCACUGUGGCAUUGCGUCAACGUGACGAGCGCUGAAGGUGCAUGGUCACCGCCAUGCUGUCGCGUUCUCGGUGGUUCUUAUGUCAAUAAUAAUGGCAUGUCCAUCAUUUCGUAUGGUCAUGCGAGCCGUAAUGUUC